AUACGUGCUGAUGUUCAAGCAAGCACUGCCUGAUGGAGAACAGCUCAUGUUGUUUGUGGGGAACCUCACGCUGAAGCCCUCAAUGCGUCUCAGUAAGGUGGGUAACUCCUUCACUCUAAGCGGGGUACGGAGGAGUCACGCGGGCCGCUACGUGUGCCGCAUUGAGACCUCACCAGCUAUUGAAGUCACCCACACUCUUGAUGUCCAGUACCCAGCCUCGGUGAGGCGCGUGGGAGAGACGGUACGGCAGGUGUUGAAAGGCUCCACUGUAACCUUGGAAUGUGUGACGGAUGGCAACCCCCCAGCGGCCAUCACCUGGAGCCACCACCGCGCCCACCUCCCCCCUGGCGUGCAAUCUAAUAAGCAGGGCCAGAGCACCAUCACCUUAGAGAACGUAGACAAACACCUGGAGGGCACAUACACCUGUACAGCCUCUAAUGGCGUGGGUGGACCUUCCUCUGCCUCCACCACCAUACAAGUAGAAUAUCCACCUGAAGUAUACACGGAACAGUCCGUCGUGCACACAGGAGAAGGAGACCUGGCACAACUAGUCUGUCUCGUGCAAGGGCGGCCUGCUCCUGUGGUGACGUGGGCGAGGGGCGGCAAAACAGUGGAUCCUCAGCGCUACAUUGCCUCUCACAACGGGGUCCGCCAUCACUCCCUCACCAUCAGCGGGGUCACCAGCGCAGAUUUCGGAGACUACACAUGCACCGCGGAGAGCUCUCUAGGCAGGAACAACGCUACUGUGAGGCUGACAGGACUUCCCCGCACGCCACGCAUCACCAGCAGCCCGGCGGGAGGCGAGAAGACGUCGUACACCCUCACUUGGGAGACAGAAACUUUCACGCCCAUCCUCAUGUACCGCCUGCAGUACCGAGAGAGGAUCGAGGACCACAGGGUGAGGCAGGGGCAGAGCUGA